UUUUUCCCCCUAUUUUUUUUAAUUUUUUUUCUCGACUCUGAACCUCUUUGGGACUUUUUUGUUUUCAUUUUUAAUGCAUUUUUUCCAGGGCUGGUAUUCCUGAGACUGUGUUGGCUUUAAGUGGCGUACAUUUUGUGUUGUGCAUAUUGAGCUGCGCGGAGACUAGUUUCAUUAGCUUCCCACCACCGAAAGAUUUUUGCUUUGGUUUUUCGAAUAAGACAUUUCGAAACCUCGUUUUUUUUUUUUUUUUUGGGGCUGUGUUGCGUCGUAGUUUAUCUUGAGUGUGGUCUCGAGGAUGGGAAAUGGUUGCAGUGCUUUCUGGACAGUGUGCAAAACGGGUCGCCCUUUUUCUUGGAAAUAUGUUUUUAAAGGGUUUUUUAAUCUCGUCUUGUGUUUUGCCUCCGCCAGUAACUUGAUAUGCAGUCGUUGACAGUGACUCGUGCCUUUCUUUGUGGUUUCGGCAGUGUAUUUUCUGCAGAGAAACCUCUCAGGAAUGAUGUAAUUUUUCAGGCAAGAUGUUUUUUUCCCCUCAAUGCCGAGUUGGGGCGUUUUUUUUAAAGGAACAUUAACACCUUGGUGCAUUUGGUGUGGCAGAAUUUGUGCAUUUGUUUUUGAAGCCUCUUUUUUGAACAGCAGCAAAUCAGUCAGACAGGCAGGCAGACCUCCAGCAGCGCGAGUACAGACAUGAUGGACCCGAUGGCCAGCAGUAACGUGACCAACAAGACUGACCCUCGCUCCCUCAACUCCCGCGUCUUCAUCGGCAACCUCAACACGCUGCUGGUCACCAAGGCCGACGUGGAGGCCAUCUUCUCCAAGUACGGCAAGGUGGUGGGAUGCUCCAUCCACAAGGGCUACGCCUUCGUCCAGUACGCCAACGAGAGGAACGCACGCAACGCCGUGGUCAGCGAGGACGGCCGCAUGAUCGUGGGACAGGUGCUAGACAUCAACCUGGCCGGCGAGCCCAAACCUCACAGAUCUAAGACAGUGAAGCGCUCUGCAGGAGACAUGUACAGUUCCUCUGUAGAUUUGGACUAUGACUUUCAAAGAGAUUACUACGAUAGGAUGUACUCCUACCAGUCCCGGGUGCCUCCUCCUCCCCCUCCUCCCCUAUCCCGGGCGGUCAUCCCCUCAAAGCGUCCGAGGGUCAGUGUGAGCGGUGGAGGAAGCCGGCGAACCAAAACCAGCUUCUCCUCUUCCUCCAAGACCAGCCAGAGGACCUCCCGCUCCAUGAAGGUAGAUGAUCUGCAGACCAUCAAAAGAGAGCUGACACAGAUCAAACACAAGGUGGACUACCUGCUGGAGAGCCUGGAGCGAAUGGAGAAAGACCAUAGCAAGAAGUCAGGUGGGCCUCGGCGAUUUAAUGAUAUGAAGAGCUGUCAACCAGAGCCGGGCGAGGUGUCACCGCUCAACUCCUCCACCUCCAGCAAGAAAGGUGGCAGCCUGAAGCGUGGCAUGAACGAGUCAGACGACGACGGAGAUCUGCUGGAUGAUGAUGACGAGAUGAAAAACAGAGGGAGGGAUGAUGACGAUGAUGAGCACGAGGAAGGAGAGGAUGAUGGAGAUAGCGCCAAUGGAGACGAGUCCUAAACACAUACACACACACACACACACACACAUUGUGUACGAUUGUAUCUCCUCUCCAGAUUUGUACACAGUGUUCAUUUGCUCAUAUCUGCUGAACUGACUGGACAUUUACAGUAUAUACAGUGAAUUGUAGACUUCGCUUUAUCACACACACACACACACACACACACACACACACACACACACACACACACACACACACGAGUAGUUUCUCGAUUUUCCUUUCAAGUUGGUUGUUCAAUUUUUCCUACCUUUUUAAGUUUAUUUCACUUUUUUUUAUAAAUAUUUAAAUCCAAACUGUAACUGAUGUUACAUUUAGACAACAUCCCAAGUUCAGAUGAGGAUAAGUGUCACUUUGUUUUUUGAACUCCAGUGAAAAGAAUGACAAAAGAUAGGUUUUCGUAGAUGACUCGAUGUCCAAAACACAACGCAGAAGCUCAAAUUAAAGCAAAAGCGGGAGACAAAAUUGGCUACGGUUUGAAUUUAAGUCCCACAAUACCACAUUUGGCACUACAGUCAAGGCUUGAAAAUGAAUGACAUUUAAAAUAUAUUGCUGCUGUAUUUCUUCCUUUUAACCAGCAGGUGGCAAUGUAUGAAAACAACCGGCCACAUAAAAAGACCACAAGGACUUAUUUCUGUUCCCUUUCUGCUUGUAGGAUAACACCAUGAGCAUGUACAACGCUUUGUAUCCGAAUACGCAGAUCUGCUCAGAUCCUCUGAAAAAGUUUCUUUGCGAGGUGUUGCGACCUCAACUGAUUGACUUGUGUACUGCAGUGAUACUUCAUGUUUGUCUCUUUUUGUUGUUAUUUUGUCUAUCAACUGCACUGGUUAAAGUGAAUAAACAUGUUUUCCAAGUUGGAA